AGGAAUCGAAUACAUUAUCUCUCAUUUGAAAAAAUUAUGGGAAGUCUUUAUCAAAAUCACACUAUAGUUGUUGUACCCCGCAAAAAAAAUCACGUUAUACGUCCUGGUAGGAUUUUUGGACAAGGCAGCAAUAAUAACGGAGGGCGAGGACCCUAAAUCGCCGGACCUAUGGAGUCUAAAUACGGUGCACCGGGUAGAGGAGCUGAAAUCGGUCAUCCGGAUGGGUCCAAUAUGGGCGUCCGGAAUCAUACUGAUCACAGCAUAUGCCCAACAAAACACCUUCUCAAUCCAACAAGCAAAGACCAUGGACAGACACCUCACCCGCUCCUUCCAAAUCCCGCCCGCAUCCAUGUCCGUCUUCACCCUGUCCUCCAUGCUCUGCACCAUCGUCUUCUACGACCGCGUCUUCGUGCCCGUGGCCCGCAGGUUCACGGGCCUCCGGCGCGGUGUCUCUUUCCUAGCCCGCAUGGGGAUCGGCUUCGCCAUCUCCAUCUUUGCCACCCUCGUUGCGGGCUUCAUGGAGACCAAGCGCAAGAGCGCAGCCUCUGCCCACGGGCUGACCGACCGCCCAGAUAUGACCAUUCCCAUUCCGGUCUUCUGGCUGGUCCCGCAGUAUUGCUUGCACGGGGUGGCCGAGGCGUUCAUGUCCAUCGGUCACUUGGAGUUUUUCUACGACCAGUCCCCGGAGAGCAUGAGGAGCACCGCCUCGGCGUUGUUCUGGACAGCCAUUGCCGCCGGGAACUACGCCAGCACUGUGCUUGUGUCAUUGGUGCACAGGCUGAGCGCGGGUCCCGGGGGCUCAAAUUGGCUCCCGGACAACAAUUUGAACAAGGGGAAGUUGGAGUACUUCUAUUGGUUGAUCACACUCUUGCAAGUGGUCAACUUUGGGUACUAUCUCUUUUGCGCCAAAUUCUAUACUUUCAAGCCUAUUCACGUCCGAGACGAGGCCCUUGCACGAUCCACACCAGAUGGGAUUGAGCUUGAAAACAAUAAUAUUUGUCCUUAGUUCAGUUUUUGACCUACAAUUAAAUAAAAUUAUGAAAAUAUUUUAUAAAAUAGGAACUUACCUAUAAUCAAAAUUAAUUUGUGAGGUGCAACUGAAGGAGGGUGGGGGGUGUUGGGGUUGGAGCAUGGUGGGGGGUUAACCGGGGGUUACGGGGUAGAAACCGUUAAUUUUACGAACGGAGCACAGGAGCGCCCUCGGACCAUCCCAUGACAUUGCCCGGCAAUGUCAUGGGAACCGUCCCGCUCCUGUAUAUAUUCUUUUGUAUUCUUCAUUUAAGUAAAUCUAUUAUUCAAUUAAUGCAACAUUAUAUGGAGUAAUAUGAUACCGGAGCUCACUUCUACGCUUUUGGUAACUUAAAAUUCUAUGCUCCGCUACUGCGGACGAUGUCAACAUUAGCAGUCUAUCAGACCUUUGUUAUUCAAAUCACCGUUCAAAAAAAAUUAGAUGACAAUUUAUUCCGUCAAGUAUUUUUGGAAUUCCCUUAAAUUAGCAUUUUUCUCCUACAAUGGUGGGAUAAGGAUUUUUGUUUUGAUUAUACUACAAUUAUUGAAUUAUUCAAAUGACAUUGUGGAUACUCGCUCUUAGUACUCAAAAAAGUCCCUCUUGGGUUCAGAAGGCAAAGCCCCCUAGGAAAGCAAGAGUCAAUCAUAAAGACAAAAAUCCCAAAACAAACUUAAACAUCAAGAAGUCAAACAAGAUCAGAAGACACUAAGGGUGUGUUUCAUUCGAUCACUUCAUCUUCAUCUUAUAUAGGGCCUGUUUGAGAAUAACGUUAGCGAUUAGCAUCAGCGUUUUAGCGAUCACCGCUGGUUUAAGCAUCCUCCGGCAAAGCCCGUCUGCUCGUUGCGGCGCCUUUUUCGGGGCCGCGAGUCGCGUGGCUCUCGACCGCUUUCGUGGACGUAGUAGUGAUCGGGUCGUCUGGGAAGAUGUAGCUAUCAACGCUACGGCCACUAGCCUCCUGCUCGCUCGCAGGGGUCCCCUUGAUGUUAUCAUGGUUGGGCUAGGUCACAUCACAUUUCUCAGGUAAUAGCUUUGUUGCUGACUGGACGAGGAGCUCGUAGGUGAAAUCUUAUCGAACUUGGUUUGGUUUUCAUGGAUUAUCAUGUUUGUAUGUAGUUCAAUCUAAUGGAUUGUGUUUGAAUCAAUUAGUGAUGGUUUGAGAGGAUCAAUCUGUGCAAAGAUCUUUAACUUAGUGAUAGCUAGCCUGUGCUGUGGUUGUUCUGUAGUGGGGAUCGUCUCAGCCUUCCGGAGUAUCUCCAUUAUGGCCUGGCUGCUCCUUUUUGCACUUGUUUCACUUCCCCUAUUACUAUUAGAAGACAUGGAGGCAACAAGUUUGAGGCUUGACGAAGCAAUUCAGCCUUUCCAUAUCGGACUGUUUGAAUUUGGUCAAAUCUUUACAAGAGGGAAAUGAAGCUUCCUAUCGUUC